AUGUUUUCCUCCGCGCUGAAUGAUCAAGCUGUGAUGGCUCAAUCUUACUACUCUUCCGUGGACGAGGCCGGCUUCUGUCCACAGUCCAAGCGAGACGCCUUCUCAAUAGCACACUCCGUACGGAGUGAAUCUCAUCAUGACAUGGUGGAUAGAAGCUCUGCUUGUGUGAGCCCUAGCAGCGAGCUAGAUAGCAAGAGCCGGAACUCCACCAGGCGUCGGAUACAAGUGGCAUGUAACCGAUGUCGGAAAAGAAAGAUUAAAUGUAGUGGCGACAGUGGCAAUGGACAUGGUUGCUCUAACUGCAUCAAUGCCGGAAAUAAGAAUUGUCAAUUCUUGAGGGUAAAUUCGGAAAUGAUGCAGCCGAGAGCCAGCGAAUGGCCCCAGAUCUCAGGAGCUACUACGAUGUCUCCGUCUCCAAGAUCCGGUCUGUAUGUACCGACGACCUCACCCAAUCCUCGCAUGGCCCCUUUUCCGCGGGCCUCUAGUUAUGAUCUCGGAUCAGCCGAUCCUCAUAGUGCAUAUCAUCGACACCCCUUGGGGGUGGACCACGGGUUGCCCUACUCAGAUGAGGCUUCAGUGUAUUCAUCUCUGUCGUCUGGGUACAUCCUGCCGAGUGCUCCACCGAACAUUUUCAUGGAUCACUGCGGGCAGACAUGGAACCCGAAGUUGUGGAAUCAGAGUGUUCCUGUUGGCAGGAGUCCCAGUGGACCAGUAUAUCCAGACAGCGAUGCCGAGGCCGCGUUGAGUCAGUCGGCGUUUUACAUUCCUCACUCGACGGAAGGCCUACCGAUCGUCCCAACGAUGAGCUUUCCUACCGCAGAAGGGCAAGGGACGGACCGAACGCUUCCCAAUCCCAGUCGGAACCAAGCUCAGAUGGGGAUGAACACCUUCACGACAACGACAACUGAAGAGACACUCUACGGGAUACCAUACGGGUACCGGACCAGCAACAGCUGCGCCCACAAGAGCGUCCUGUUAAACCAUGGCCGCAUGCAGAGUCCAAGCGAGGCUUACAGAAGCGGUCCUAUCAACCGGAGUAGAUCGGCACAAGAUAUGAUGUUUGGGUACUUGCCGUCGAAUGGCAGCUCAUCACCUUUAGUCGCUGCUGGUUCGUUUGCUUCUGCGUUGGAUGACGCGGUUGAGACGAGCGACGCCAGCGACAGCCACCAACCAUCGCGGACGUUCUCCCAUGACCACCUUUCGGACUACGGCUCCGAUACCUAUGUGUAUAGCAGUAGUGAAAGGCGCGAUAAAAACCACUCGCACACCGACGGGGCAGGGUCGAUGUUGAUGAGCGGGCUCACGUACACGCGCCCAGUGCCGGGACAUCCCAGUCCUCCGCCGUUGGUUCACAGCCCAGCGUUUCGAGCAGCCACGGAGAUACACCACCACCACACCGCCAUGCCGUCGCUGAACAGUUCGAGCGAGUACUAG